AUGGAGGGUGUUAAGGCUCAGUGCUCAAGAAAAUCGAUAAUUAAGCCUUUAAACUUCGCGGGCGGGGGAGAAGCGGGUCCCUUCGCGGGCUGGAGGCCCCGGGGCACGGGUUUCCUGCCGAGCAAGGGCACCCGGGGCGAGGAGAAGGGGGGGAUUCGGUUAAAGGGCCUUUCCCUCCGCUCCGGGCGACUGGCUCGGCCCUGUCAUCGGGGAUCCGUCCCGCUUCGCCCGCUGUGCGCAGAGCGGACGUGGAUCUGUUGUGACAUUGCAGCCAUGUCACAACAGAGAGGCAUCACAUCAUCUCGCCGUAGUCGCCCCGCGCAGCCUUGCGUCCGUUGUGUUUUGGUGUCUGCGUUGUGGGAUUCUCCCUCUCUUACCAGUGGCUUUUACUGGCGAUUGAGGUGGAUUUUAGUCUUGAUCAGUGAGCCGCCAAGCUUAAAAGCGCUGAGCCGCUCCCAAAUGUCGGAUGCUUGGGAGUGCAAGGCGCAGGACCCCUUUGCCAGCAGCGAGGAGCAGGACGAGGUGCCCCACCAGGUGACGGUGACGGCCACGGCCACGGGUGGGCAGUGCCAGUGCCCAGAGGAGGAGCCUGACGGGGCUCCCCAGAAGCGGACGAGCACCCAGAACGGGAUGCAGGACAGUGGGGGCGGGGGCACAGGGGUGAAGAAGAAACGGAAGAAAAAGGACCUGGCAGAGCAGGAAGGGGGAGAAAAAGCAGCUGUGGAGGUGAAACCAAAGAGGAGGAGAGAGCCUAAAGAACCAAAAGAGCCUAAAAAGGCUAAGGAGCCCAAGAAGCCGAAGGAGCCCAAACAGAGGGAGGUGGCCAAGAAGCCCCGGAAACCUCGGGAACCCAAAGCCCCUAAGGAGCCUAAAGACAAGAAGAGCGGCUCUGAGCCUGCCCCCAGAGCAAGACCCAGGAAGAGCAGCAAGGACACCCCUGUGGAGAAGAAAAAGAAAGGGAAGAGGAAAAACGAGAUACCAGUGGACAGUUUGGAUUUGGAUCAGGAUCUCCUGAGUCCAUCUGUGCAGAGCCCAGAGGAGUCUGCAGAGUCGGCUGACAGCCAGAAACGCCGCUCAGGACGGCAAGUGAAGAGGAGGAAGUACAACGAGGACCUGGAUUUCAAGGUGGUGGAUGAUGACGGCGAGACAAUAGCUGUGCUGGGAGCUGGGCGAACCUCUGCGCUCUCCGCUUCUACUCUGGCGUGGCAGGCAGAGGAGCCUCCCGAGGAUGAUGCCAAUAUCAUUGAGAAGAUCCUUGCCUCCAGGAUGGUGCAGAAGGAGGCUCAUCCCGGAGGCCUGGCGUUUGAGAUGGAGGAGUUCUAUGUCAAGUAUAGGAACUUCUCCUACCUCCACUGUAAGUGGGCAACUCUGGAGGAGCUGGAGAAGGACCCCAGGAUCUCCCAGAAGAUAAAGCGCUUCCGGAACAAGCAGGCUCAGAUGAAGCAUAUUUUUACAGAGCCUGAUGAGGAUUUGUUCAAUCCAGACUAUGUGGAGGUAGAUCGAAUUCUGGAGGUGGCUCACACAAAGGACCCUGACACCGGGGAGGAGGUGACUCACUACCUGGUGAAGUGGUGCUCGCUGCCAUACGAGGAGAGCACCUGGGAGCUGGAGGAGGAUGUUGACCCAGGGAAGAUUAAAGAGUUUGAAGCCCUCCAAAUCCCUCCAGAAAUCAAGCACAUGGUAACGUACCCAGAGGAGCGCCCGGCAUCUGAGUCCUGGCAGAAACUGGAGAAGUCCCGGGAGUAUAAGAACAGCAACCAGCUGCGGGAGUAUCAGCUGGAGGGAAUGAACUGGCUUCUCUUUAACUGGUAUAACAGGAAGAACUGCAUCCUGGCUGAUGAGAUGGGGCUGGGGAAGACAAUCCAGUCAAUCACCUUCCUCUCAGAAAUAUUCCUGAUGGGCAUCCAUGGCCCCUUCCUCAUCAUCGCACCUCUCUCCACCAUCACCAACUGGGAGAGGGAGUUCCGCACCUGGACGGAGAUGAAUGCCAUCGUGUACCACGGCAGCCAGAUCAGCCGGCAGAUGAUCCAGCAGUACGAGAUGGUGUACAGGGACACACAGGGUAACCCUCUCCCUGGGAUCUUCAAGUUCCAGGUGGUUAUCACCACCUUUGAGAUGAUCCUUGCCGACUGCCCGGAGCUGAAGAAGAUCCAGUGGCGCUGCGUGGUCAUUGACGAGGCACAUCGCCUGAAGAACAGGAACUGCAAACUCCUGGAGGGGCUGAAGCUCAUGGCCCUGGAGCACAAGGUGCUGCUGACAGGGACCCCCCUGCAGAACUCGGUGGAGGAGCUCUUCAGCCUCCUGAACUUCCUGGAGCCACAGCAGUUCCCCUCAGAGACAGCCUUCCUGGAGGAGUUUGGAGACCUGAAGACAGAGGAGCAGGUGAAGAAGCUGCAGUCCAUCCUGAAGCCCAUGAUGCUGCGACGGCUGAAGGAUGAUGUAGAGAAGAAUCUGGCACCCAAGCAGGAGACCAUCAUUGAGGUGGAGCUGACCAAUAUCCAGAAGAAAUACUACCGGGCCAUCCUGGAGAAGAACUUCUCCUUCCUCUCCAAGGGUGCCAACCAGCACAAUAUGCCCAACCUCAUCAACACCAUGAUGGAGCUGCGGAAGUGCUGCAAUCACCCGUAUCUCAUCAACGGGGCAGAGGAGAAGAUCCUGGAAGACUUCCGUAAAACACACAGCCCAGAGGCGCCAGACUUCCAGCUGCAGGCGAUGAUCCAGGCAGCUGGGAAGCUGGUGCUCAUUGAUAAGCUGCUUCCCAAGCUGAUUGCCGGUGGGCACAAGGUGCUCAUCUUCUCCCAGAUGGUGCGCUGCCUCGACAUCCUGGAAGACUAUCUCAUUCAGAGGCGGUACACCUAUGAACGCAUUGACGGGCGGGUGCGCGGGAACCUGCGCCAAGCUGCCAUCGACCGCUUCUGCAAGCCUGACUCGGAUCGCUUCGUCUUUCUCCUGUGCACGCGGGCAGGUGGGCUGGGCAUCAACCUGACCGCUGCCGACACCUGCAUCAUCUUUGAUUCGGACUGGAACCCACAAAACGACCUCCAGGCUCAAGCUCGCUGCCACCGGAUCGGGCAGAGCAAGGCGGUGAAAGUCUAUCGCCUCAUCACCAGGAAUUCCUACGAGCGGGAGAUGUUCGACAAGGCCAGCCUGAAGCUGGGCCUGGAUAAAGCUGUGCUGCAGGACAUCAACCGCAAAGGCAGCACCAACGGGGUUCAGCAGCUCUCAAAGAUGGAGGUAGAGGACCUGCUGCGGAAGGGUGCCUAUGGCGCUCUCAUGGACGAGGAGGAUGAAGGAUCGAAGUUCUGCGAGGAAGACAUCGAUCAGAUCCUCCAGCGCAGGACACAGACCAUCACGAUCCAGUCUGAGGGGAAGGGCUCCACCUUUGCCAAGGCCAGCUUCGUAGCAUCAGGAAACAGAACUGACAUUUCCCUAGAUGACCCCAACUUCUGGCAAAAGUGGGCCAAGAUAGCAGAGCUUGAUACAGACGCCAAGAAUGAAAAGGAGAGCCUGGUCAUCGACAGGCCCCGGGUGCGGAAGCAAACCAAACACUACAACUCCUUUGAAGAGGAUGAGCUGAUGGAGUUCUCCGAGCUGGACAGUGACUCGGACGAGCGACCCACACGCUCACGGCGCUUCAACGAGAAGACACGGCGGUACCUGCGGGCUGAGUGUUUCCGUGUGGAGAAGAACCUGCUCAUAUUCGGCUGGGGACGCUGGAAAGAUAUCCUGACCCACGGGCGCUUCAAGUGGCACCUGAAUGAGAAGGACAUGGAGAUGAUUUGUCGGGCCUUGCUGGUCUAUUGCGUCAAACACUACAAGGGGGAUGAGAAGAUUAAGAGUUUUAUCUGGGAUCUCAUCACGCCAACAAAGGACGGCCAGAACCAGGCUCUGCAGAAUCACUCAGGCUUGUCAGCACCGGUGCCCAGAGGCAGGAAGGGGAAGAAGACGAAGAAUCAGAUGCUGCUUCCCGAGAUAAAGAACGCAGACUGGCUCGCCACCUGCAACCCUGAGGUCGUCCUGCAUGAUGACAGCUACAAGAAGCACCUCAAACAGCACUGCAACAAGGUUCUGCUGCGGGUGCGAAUGCUCUACUACCUGAAGGCUGAAGUGCUGGGGGAGGCCGCGGACAAAGCCUUCGAGGGAACCCCCGCCAGGGAGCUGGACGUGCUGCUGCCGGACAUUGACUACGUGGAGAUCCCAGUGGACUGGUGGAACGCUGAAGCCGAUAAAUCCCUGCUCAUCGGCGUCUUCAAGCACGGUUAUGAGAGGUACAACGCCAUGCGGGCGGACCCAGCGCUGUGCUUUCUGGAGAAGGUGGGCAUGCCGGACGAGAAGCUGCUCUCCGCGGAGCAGGGCGUCAGCGACGGGGCCCAGGACACUGCCGAAAGGGGCAGCAUGGAGAAGGAAGAGAGCAGUGGAGAAAAGCUGGAUGGGCUGCCAAAGCAGGAGGACAUCGUGGCUGCUGGGGUGGGCGAAGCCAGUGAGAAGCGGGACGAGCCAGUGGCAGCCCAGGAUGGCUCCGACUCAGACAGAUCCUGCUGGCCUGUCUCAUCUGCCCUCACAGCCAGACUGCGGAGGCUCGUCACCGUCUACCAGCGCUGCAACCGCAAAGAGCUGCCUCCCCGUGCUGAGAUGCUGGUGCCCGGUAACCAUGGAUACUGGCUGCAGGAUGAGAUGUUCAGGAGAGCCUCUGAGAUGGACUCAGUGAACAAAGAAAUGCAGAAAAGGUGGACCAGGAGGGAGCAGGCAGAUUUCUACCGCACUGUCUCCUCCUUUGGGGUUAUCUAUGACCAGGAGAAAAAGAUCUUUGACUGGGCCCAGUUCCGAGCCAUCUCUCGACUGGAGAAGAAGACAGAUGAGAGCCUGGAGAAGUACUUCUACAGCUUUGUGGCCAUGUGCAAGAAUGUCUGUGGUCUGCCACUGUGGAAAGAGGAUGGUCACCCAGAUCCUGACAUCUACGUGGAACCCAUCACGGAGGAACGUGCUGCCAGAACCCUCUACCGUAUCGAGCUUCUGCGAAAGGUGCGCGAGCAAGUGCUCAAGUGUCCGCAGCUCCAUGAGCGGCUCAAGCUGUGCCGGCCAAGCCUCUACCUGCCGGUGUGGUGGGAGUGUGGCAAACACGAUCGGGACCUGCUGAUCGGCACCGCCAAGCAUGGCCUGAAUCGCACUGACUACUACAUCAUGAAUGACCCCCAGCUGUCUUUUUUAGAUGCAUACAGGAACUAUGCCCAGCAUAAAAGAACGGGGCUCCCAGGCCCAGAAACCUUGUGCUGCCUUUACCAGACUAACUCCAAACUCUACAGUUCCCCUCUGUACAGCCAGGUGGACCGGACUUGUGAAUCCCUGGAGAAUGAAGCUGAGAGUCAGAUCAAGCUAGAAACCGUAGACAACACUAUGUCCCAGGCUGGGGGCAGUCCGCCGGAUGCAAACUGUGAAACAUUCAUGUCUAAAGUCCGGGACAUCAUUUCCAGUAACUAUGAUGAGAGCUCUCUGCCGGACUCGUUAGUGUGCAUGAUGUACGAUGAGAAGGCCUGUAACAGCGAGCAAAGCUCCCUUGCCCGAGACAGCCCAAGUUGCACAGAUGUUGGAAGCAGCGUUGCUAAACUCUCUGAGGGCAAGCUAGAGGGGGACGAGGAUCCGUCCAGCUGCGAUGCAGAUGCCAUGAGAGAGACUCCCUUCCUAGAGGGGUUGCAGGUGGGCUGUGACCGAAUGGACAGUCAGAACGAGGAAGCUGAGCCUUCACCUUCUACCCCCGAAAGCGACCCUUCGCGGAGCAUCCCAGCAGAGCUCUGCGAAGCCUUGCAGCAGAAGGGAGACCUCACCAGCCCUGCGCCAGGGCUGCCUCAGCACGGGGCCAUGGAAGGGGUCAUAAGCGUGGGGCUCUACAAUCCCAGUCUUCAUAACUAUGAAAUAAAGGUUCCUCCUGACCAGAGGUUCAUCAGUCUGCUGCAGGAGAAAGGAAUGGAGGCAAAGUCAGGGCCAAGUCAGAGCCACAGUGAGGAGGAUGAGGAGGAAGAAGAGGAUGAUGAUAACUCUGAGGCAGCAGCAGAUGUUGUGGAAGCCUUGAGUGGUCCCAGGACCAGGGCCGGUUGUGACCCCGAGGCUAAUGAACUGGGGGGUGAGGAGCAGAGCUCUGGCCUCCCCACACCCGAGGACACUUGCCCAGAAGAUGUGAAUGGCGAGAGAGAGUCCCUGGGGCUGGGGACACCCGAAGGGCUGGGGGAGCCCGGGCCAGAGGGCAGGGAGGACCGUGGCCUGGAUGAGGAGAGCACCCUGCAGCACUCACUGGGCCAGGCUCAAAGCCAGGCUUUCAGCCUGCCUGCACCUCUGCUGGGAGCCCCAGGGGCAGAGCCCCCCCGUGCCGGGGGGGAGGCCUGGGGCCAAGGGGCUGAGGGGCAGGCAGGCUGCAGAGAGGCCCUGCACCCUGAGCCCCAGGGUGUGAAGCAAGAAGAGUGUGAGAACAGAGAUGAGGGGGAGAAAGCCAGCAGCAGCCAGAGUCAAGAUGGUCCAGAGAAGUACUUGGAGGAAGAAAGCAAGAGUUCUGCUUCUGUCCUGCCCGGAGAGAUUGAUGACCUUCAGGAUGCCCGGGCACCGACCAUAGCCCAGCUGCUGCAGGAGAAGACGCUGUACUCCUUCUCUGAGUGGCCUAAGGACCGUGUGAUCAUCAACCGCAUUGACAACAUCUGCCAUGCCAUCCUGAAGGGCAAGUGGCCUUCCUCCAGCCAGCAGUUUGAGACCCAAAGCCUGCUGACGGCUCCAGCGGUAGCCAGCAAUGCUGGCAGCAGGAACAGCUUUGCCGAGUCAGAAGCCCCCAAUCCCAGCUUCAAUAACGGGGUGUUAAUCUCACAGGUACCAAAGCUGAGGGGGGAAGGUUUCCUGACCCCUGCGUUUGCAAAGGACGAGCGGAAGCACAGGAGGCCCUAUGAAUUCGAGAUGGAGAGAGACGCGAAACAGAGGAGCUUGGAGCAGCUAGCAGCAACCCAUGUUCAUCCACCCAUUGUGCUGAACGGCUGGCGCGACACAGCAGUGGACUUGUCCAGAGCCUCUGAUGGGUCCCCGGGGAACUCCUCUCCUUUCCCCCUGAACACAAACAUGCCCAAACUGGGGACCGUGAACACCCUCCAGGGCUCCCUGGGCAUGGACUUGUCUGGCAUCCUCCAGGCAGGGUUAAUCCAUCCUGUCACGGGACAAAUUGUAAACGGCAGCCUCCGAAGAGACGACGCUGCCAUGAGGAGGAGACGGGGCAGGAGAAAAAAUGUAGAAGGGAUGGACCUCAUCUUCUUGAAGGAGAGGCCUCUUCCAACCAGGCUGCAGGAUGUUCAGGAAGACCAGCCGCAGCCCCCUCAGAACAGUCCCCUCCCCGAUGGGCCGGUUGCUGCUACCUCAACUCCACAGCCAGUCCCAGCUGCAGGCAGCCAAGCAGAGAAGGCUGUCCCGAACAAGAGUCUCCUCGACUGGCUCCGUCAGCAGUCUGACUACACACUCGACGUUCCCGGCUUUGGCACAGUUGCAGUCCCGAAGGGCUCUGAUCCCAAAGAAACACGGUGCAGCAGCUCUGCAGUGGGAACAGCUGAAAUAGGAGCAAAACAAAGCACAGAUGAGCUGAAUUUUUCAGACAAGCCCAAGCAGAGGAGGCAACGCUGCAAGGACCCCAGCAAAUUGGACAUUAACUCACUCACGGGAGAGGAGCGGGUGCCUGUGGUACAUAAGGGUACCGGACGGCGGUUAGGGGGAGCCACGGCACCAGCAUUGAAGGAAUUGCCAAGGUGGCUUGAUGCAAACUUGGAGUAUGCUGUUGCAGCUGACUGGGCUGACAUUGUUAAGCUUUCAGGCUACUUACCGGAAAGCAAAUUCAAUCGCAUCCUAACCGAGCCUGUGCUCCGAGACGCGGGGCCCCGCCGGAGGGGGAGAAGGCCCCGAAGCGAACUCAUUAAAGGCCCCGGCAUUGUAGCAGAUUCUUCUUCUGGAAUGGGACCAUUGUUCAUGAACGGACUGAUUGCUGGGAUGGAUCUAGUAGGACUUCAGAACAUGAGAAACAUGCAAGGGAUCCCUCUGACCGGGCUGGUUGGGUUUCCUGCUGGCUUUGCAGCAGUGCCCGCCGGCGAGGAUGUGAAAAGCACCCUGAGUAUGUUGCCCAUGAUGCUGCCGGGCAUGGCUACUGUACCACAGAUGUUUGGCGUCGGAGGACUUCUCAACCCCCCCAUGACAACUACUUGUACUGCGACUGCUCCGACUUCGUUAACAAGCACAACGAAAAGUGGUACAGCCAACGCAGAGAAAGCUACUGAGGAUAAACAGAGUAGCCAGGAUGUGAAAAAAGAAACUCUCUCGGAAGAUAAGCCUGGUCCUAGUUCGUUUUCUAAUCAGACAGAAUCCGCAAUAACUACCAGUAGUCCUGUAGCUUUUAACCCGUUUCUUAUCCCAGGGAUGUCUCCUGGACUGAUCUAUCCCUCGAUGUUUCUUUCCCCUGGCAUCGGCAUGGCGCUGCCCGGCAUACAGCAAACCAGACACUCGGACGCAGCGAACCUGGAAAGCCAGAAGCGGAAGAGAAAGAAAGCGAAAGGGGAAUCGGCAAACCCAGAGCCAGAAACUGUCUCGCUGCCGGAGAAAGAAGCUGCAAACAGUCAAAACUGUACAGAGCAAACACCGCCUUUGUCGGCAGAGAAAGAGCGGGACGGACCAGCAGAGGAGGAGCGCGAAGCGGCUCGCGAUACCAAUUAGAACUUUUGUUUCAUUGAAAAAAAAACACAAAAAGAUUGUGGCUUGUGAGUUUCUUAUCCCAUAAACUCUUUGUUACUUACCCUCCCGCCCCGCUCCGCCGUCAUAAACCUGUGUUUCCAUGAGUAAUAUUAUCUACCUAAUCCCCUGUCAGAAAAAAACUCUGGUGACAUACUACAUGUUAAUAGUUGCAGGGUCUUGCCACUUUAUUAGAUGAACAGUGUUGUCUAGCUAGUAUGGGAGGCACCGAAUUCUCGUUCUGUUUUUCCAGUCGUUCAUCCCAGCCGACGAUAGCAAAUCCAGUACUCGGUCACCCCCCCCAAAUUGCUCACUCCUUUGAGAAGAAAAAGCAGCAAAAAAAACAAGAGCAAAAGAAAAGUCUUUACCUCUUGGUCUACACGCAGACCAAGGGUGUUUCUGUCUACAGCGACACUGAACGAAAAAGCCUGUAUUUGGGGGUAAAAAGCACAGCUAUAGUAAGUGCUAAUGUGUAUUUUUGAUUUAAAGUAUUUCCCUAUUUUAUCAUGGUUACUAGAAUAGUAGUAUAGACAGAAGUAUAUAACUAAGGAUUGAAAAUGCAUAUAUUCAUUUCUUUGAAAGGAAAAAGCAUAACCGGUAGUGAUAUAAUUUCUUUAUCACCCCCACCUCAAAGGUUUGGCGACAAACUGCAGCGAGUGAAAAUAUGACGUAGACAUUCUUUUGUAUUUUUUAAAACCAAAGUUUGGUUUUAUGUUAAGUGGAGUUUAGUUGCCCUUUCCUCGGUAGUUACAAGAACUUUCCAGCUUGAGCUGGAAAGGUUUUGCACAUCUUGCAUGACUUUUUUGGGAUUACUGUACCUGUAGCUACCAGUUUCUUCAUCAUUCUGCUAGUCUUCAGUUCUCCUCUAUGGCGUUAGUUCUCAUCUAUGGCAUUAGAAGUGCUGUAAAGGUAUUUUUUUCCAGCCGUGAACAGGCCACACUGAUUUUAUUGCUCUUACAUGAACACUGAGGCUUUUUGAGUUUUUGUGUUUUCCACUCCUUACCCCAGAAGCAACGUCCUUUCAGCAAACAAGGAAAAGGCUGUAGGCCAGCUUUCCUCUUUGGGGAGCCCGCUGAGAAGGACCGUUGAGACUUUCAAAGCUUGAGUUUCUUCUUUUCUAGCGUUAGACUGUGAAGAGAUGACCUUGGCUUCUUCUUUCCAUUCCGUUUGCUGUUGAACAGUAUUUCCGAGUCCCACCCCCAUUGGCAAAUGAUUUCGACGUCUGCGUUUUAAAUGGACGGGUCUUCACGCCGUCAGCCCCCCGCAGCUCUGGGUACUGAGACACCUCCACAGGCAACUCUUCUCGUUUCUCCUUCCCCUCACUCCUUGUUUAAUUUUUCUUUCACUUGGGCUUGUUCUUAUUUGCAGCUCAUGGUUUGAGACUUGAAAUAAACCCGCAGUGGUGCAGCAGUGAGAUAACAGGCAGGCUGGUGAGGGAGUUGGGAGCGUGCUAGUAAUCGGUUUCACAUUUGGUUGUCACAAUUUACUGUAUUUUUUACUUAUUUUCUGUUACAGUUUUGCUAAUUUAUCAGAUGGUCCAAAUGUUUUGACAUAACUAUUUCAGUUUGCAUUAUUUAUUUAUGAUGCUUUUUGUCAUUGUCUUUUAUACAUUUGGGAUUAUAAAUUAUGUACAUGUUAAAAUUAGCAUCUCAAAGAAGUCUGUUACCCAUGGUCUAAAAAGCAUUUGGUUUCUAUUUUCACGGAAUUUAUUCCCAGUUUACUGGAUUGGAUGAUUUUUUUUUUUUUUUUGAAGUAUGUAACCAAUUAUAAUGCAACCCCCCCCGAUAAUUAAAUGUGUUCUAUUUAAUAACAUCCUUGUAGCAUAGAUACUGUAUCACUAUCGACAGAUUUCUUAGAAAUGCUGCUAUCUCUAUUUAACUAACAUUUUGUUCAGUUUUGCCUCCAGUGGAAGCAGAAAGGGUUUUUUCAGCUGUUAAAUCCAAAAUCAAUAUAAUUUAUUUAUGUAAAAAAAAAAAAAAUCACGAUUGAUAUAUUUUUGAACCUUUUAAGUACUAACUUUCUUUUUAUUCAGUAGAAAAACAUGUACUUGCCCUAAAUCCUUAAAAUACAAAUGCUAUAAAACUUCAUAUAUCUUCAAAGCCUUACUGUGAACGGAUACCGAAAUCUCUUCAGAGUCCAUUUCUUGUUACGGGAUGGUUUUUCCAGGGUUACACGCUUAAGGAACAGGGUUUAAAGUGAAAUUUAUUUAAUUAGCCAGCAUGCUCUAUACCUUGUUCUUCCUUAUCGGACAUGUAUGCUACGUCUCUGGGUGUUUAAGCUUCUCUUUGACUGCUACUUUGUGACCCUUUUGCAACCCGAUAUACUCUGUGGAUUAUUUAGACUGUAAGGCAUAAGUGGCUUCUUCUUCUUUUCCAUCAUAUCCAAAACAAAUGCCAAAUUUUCACCGGUUUUCAUGGCUACUCACACAAACAUACAUUCUUCACCAAAUGUGCUGACAAAAUAAACUGUCUGUGCUCUUGAACAUGGAUAAAAAGAAAAAGAUUUAAA